AUGAAGCUCUCAACCAUCCUCACAGCACUCACAACCCUCCUCCCCCUCUCCACCGCAGACUUCCACGUCCUCACAGGCCCCUGCUCCAUCUCCCCCGGCGAAGGCGGCGAAAUCGAGAGCGACGUCGUCGCCUGCCCAUCCAACUACUACAACUGCGACUGCAUGCUCUGGGGCGACCGCGCCGGCUUCCUCAGGGCGGGCGACACCCCCGUCGACGGCCUCUCCACCACGGGCUCGACGUAUUUUCAGCUCUCGGGCAUGUGCGGCGUGGGAAACAUGGAUUUUUACAAGCAAGGCGACGGCACCUGGCUAUUUUACAUUGCUGGUGGCGAUGGAAAUGUGCAGGGAACUUGUUAUAAUGGUGAUAAUAGCAUCAAAGAUUGUUUUGGUGUUAGUGCUUCUUGCAGCUGGAAAAAUAUUCUAGUUUGCUAUUCGCAAAUUUGCAACCCUUAA